UGAUAAAUUGAGCAUAAAAACUGAUCAUCAGUGAAACUUAAAAUUUGUGUCAAUUGUAUAUAAAAUUCUGUUUCAAAUUAUUCUGUACACACACCUGCUUUUUGGAAUUAUUUGUUGAAGUUUUUUUUAAAGGGAAACAAAGCAAAAUGGAAAUCAGAGGAGAGGGGGAGGAGUUAUCUCUAUGGUAACACAGCAACAAACCCAGAGAAACCAGAGAAGAAGGAGAGCAGACUUUGACAAAGGACCAGAGGAGGAGAGGAAGAGGAGGAUCAGCAGCAGGACAAUGGCCUGUUUCCGGGGCAACCGGGAGGAGUUUUACGGAGAAGUGCUUCUAUUGGACAACAGAAAGCUGACACUGACGGUCGAACAGGGCAUCAAGAGAUCAUCGAAGGCGGUCUCCAUCUUGCAGCUGGUGUUCGUUGAGCUAGGCGUGGUCGAGGUUGAGUUCUUCGGUUUAAAGUUCUGUGACAACUGGCAGCAGACGCUCUGGUUGGAUCCUUCAAAGACUCUGUCACAGCACAAGGAACUCGCUGGGCCGCCGUACAUUUUCUACUUUGGAGUCAAAUUUUACAUUGAAGAUCCAUCGAAGCUGAACGAGGAAACAACCCGGCGUCAAUUUUACCUCCAACUUUGUCAGGAUGUACGUCGAGGUCGCCUGCCAUGCUCCGGCCACCUCAGAGCUCAGCUGUGCGCUCUGAUGCUGCAGGCGGAUCGAGGCAACCAGAGUGAGGACAACACAUCAGAUGCUGAGGAGACGCAGGAAGUUCAACUCAUCCGCAAAACGCUCAGUGGCGUCCCUCGCUCUGAGGCUCAGCGCCACUUCCUGUCUGUCUGCAGCUCUCUGCAGAUGUACGGCGUCUCUCUGUUCGCCGCCUAUGGGGAGAACCACACCGAGUACUUCCUGGGUCCAACACCAGUAGGAGUGGUCAUCUUCAAGAACAAAGAGCUGGUGGGAAAAUAUCUGUGGCAGCGAAUCAUCAAACUUCACUACAAAGACGAGAAGUUCGAGCUCAGAGUGUCAGGCAGAAACGGUUCAGCGACAUCGUUCUUCUUCCAAACAUCCGACUGCCGCAGCUGCAAACAUUUGUGGAAGUGUUGCGUUGAACAUCACACCUUCUUCAGGAUGUCAGAGAUAAACCUUUUAACACACAAACUGAACCACAAUAGUUUCACUUGCUCUAAAACUCCGUCUCUCCGUCUGUUGAAAAAUGGCAUUGACAACAAAACGGCAUCAGCUGAUGUGUGUGUGAGGGCAACGCGUCAAGCCAAUCAUAAGCCAAGUUGCAGUAGUGAACUAAUAACAAAACACAGCGCACUACCUGCUGUUCAGAGAGGGUCAGAGGGCAGGGCGAAGCCUGAUCAUGCUAAGCCCAGUGCACCAUGGGAAAACAACACAAACAUUGGUCUGUUCAACCCAAAGUUUUGUCCAAACACCAACAAAGACGAACAAGUCCCAGGAAGACCACAAAGGCGGAGCAGAAGUCUUGAUGGAGAUCGACCAAUCAGAGAGCAGAGGAGGAGCAGGUCUCAUUCCCGUGGCAACACGAGCAGCGGCAGCGAAUCAGAAAAGAUGUCAAGUAAUAGUGAGCGGUGCCGAAGAAGACCCCCAAAAUGCAGUCGCCACAGUGACCACGGUCCUGACACAACUUCCUGCCACCAUCGCCGCCGCCACACCCAAUCCCACAGUCCUGACAACCAAAUAUGGAAACACAUCCAGAAGGAGUUGGUGGAGCCUCCCAGUUUGAUUGACAGACAAAUGGAGGACAUACCUUAUAAGGAAGUAAGGGUGUUGGGAGAGCCAGUCAGAAUGCGUCGUUCUCGUUGGACUCGACGGCAUCAGCGGUGGGUGUCAGCCUCAGACCUCCGUUGUACAGAAUUGCUUCCUCCUCUUCCUGUUACCACGGCAGCUGACACUUCCUGUCGGUUUCCCACGAGCAAACACAGUUAAGACAUGGGCCGGGCUGUUGUGAAGUCUCGUUUUGAAGCCUUGAAAUGAGCAUUUCUGCCAAAAAGACAGAUGUGAUCCAGUGUUUAUAGAGGUCAGACAGCUGCUUCCACAGACCUCUACAGGAGCUGUCAUCCCUUGUGGGCUUCGGACAGAACUUCAUGCUUAGCUUCACCCAGGAGCUGCCUCUAUGUUUGUCAUCAUCACCUCUGUUACCAGUACUAGGGACGGAGCUUUAUCAGAUGGUACUGGUGUGUCGAUUCAUAGCCACUGUCCAGAGGUUCUGACUUCCUGUGAAGUUCAGGUCACUUGCUGGUUAAAUGUCAAGGAUUAGGGUAGAUAAUAUUUACUAAGGCAGGUAUCUGGAGGCAAUUACAGGUGAGGAGCAGUUUGGGGAGUGAAGGAAAUCUAACUCUGGCGUUUCACAAACGCCUUUAAUAAGCUUUCUGACUGAAGGCUGGGAGAACUGACCCUGCUUUUGUCCGCCUUCAUGGAACAAGUCUAAUGGAAGCACAGAAGAGUCUUCACACCUGUGAACACACCUGUCUUACCUGCUUGUAUGUGAUCAGUUUUUGAGUCUCUCUUUUAUUUAUGGUCAUUUAAUUUUUAGUGACUCUUGAUGUGAAUAAAUGGCUGCUUCAUCUUGCUCUCUCUGGCAGUGAUGAAAAAGGACUUCUCUCUUUUAUGAUCUUUGAGCUCAAGGCUGUUACAUGUAGCUGCUGUCAGCUGUUCUAUGUUUGUCGGUCAUAUUUUGGUCUCAUUUUGUUCUCUUUUCUUUUUUUUUGUGGUUUAAAAAUCUGAACAAUCAAUAAAAAUCUAACUUACAUUAGUAUUUAAAAAUGUAAAUAUUGUUUAUUAAUGAU